CCGUGCAGAGGGGAGACGCUCGCCUUGCACCAGCUUUUCUUGCCCUUCUUACUUACACACAGCAAGCGAGGGGGAGACUUUUCCAUUUAUCGCGCAUUUUGGGGAUUUUAACACGUUUUUACCAUCGUCGGAGAGGAGAGGGACGAAACGGGUUACUUUGGAGAAAAACACAAUGUCAGCGACCUUCCCGGGACUUGUCCACGACGCAGAGAUACGUCACGACGGAUCAAACAGCUACCGGCUCAUGCAGCUCGGUUGCCUAGAGUCCGUGGCCAACUCCUCGGUCGCCUAUUCCUCCUCGUCCCCGCUCACCUACCCGGCGCCGGCGGGCACGGAGUUCGCCUCUCCUUAUUUCUCGGCCAACCACCAGUACACUCCCUUGCACCACCAGUCCUUCCACUAUGAGUUCCAGCACUCCCACCCGGCCGUGGCCCCGGAGGCCUACGGGCUCAAUUCGCUCCACUCGGGCCAGUACUACCAGCAGAUCCACCACGGAGAGCCCGCAGACUUCAUCAACCUGCACAACGCGCGCUCGGCGCUCAAGUCGUCUUGUCUGGACGAGCAGCAGCGGCGAGAGCUGGGCUGCCUCGACGCUUACCGGCGACACGACCUGUCGCUCAUGACGUCACACGGCUCCCAGGCCUACGGCGUCGGGAUGCACCAUCCGGACCAGAGACUGUUGCCUGCUGCCGGCCUGGGCCUUCCCACAGGCGCAGACGACCUGCAGGGCUCUGUGGAAGCGCAGUGUGGGCUCGUGCUCAACGGCCAAGGGGGCGUCAUCCGGAGAGGGGGAACUUGUGUGGUGAAUCCGACAGAUCUGUUCUGCUCAGUACCAGGUCGACUGUCACUACUCAGCUCCACCUCCAAGUACAAAGUCACCAUCGCCGAGGUGAAAAGAAGAUUGUCACCGCCAGAAUGCCUCAACGCCUCUCUACUGGGUGGAAUACUGCGCAGAGCCAAGUCAAAGAACGGUGGUCGGUGUCUUCGGGAGAAAUUAGACCGUCUCGGCCUCAACUUGCCGGCAGGACGGAGAAAAGCUGCCAAUGUCACACUGCUUACCUCCCUGGUGGAGGGAGAAGCACUCCACCUGGCAAGAGACUUUGGCUACACCUGUGAGACAGAGUUUCCCAGCAAGGCGGUGGGCGAACAUUUGGCCCGGCAGCACAAUGAAUCGAAAGAAACUAGCGCACGGAAAAAAAUGGUUUUGGCUACAAAGCAAAUUUGUAAGGAAUUCCAAGACUUGUUGAGCCAAGAUCGUUCUCCUCUGGGCUCCUCCAGACCUACACCCAUACUGGACCUGGACAUCCAGAGACACCUUACACACUUCAGUCUAAUCACUCAUGGUUUCGGCACACCGGCUGUUUGCGCAGCUCUCAGCACUUUCCAAACAGUCCUGAGCGAGAUGCUCAACUAUCUGGACAAAAACUCAAGCGGCAAAACAAGCGGACCCACCGAUCAGCAGAUUAACACCAGUUCAGAAAAGUCACAACUCCGGAAAGCCACUGAGCCCCAGAGCAAAGACGGGAAAACUGAAAAGACUGAGUAGUCCCAACUGCCUGGUCCCCUGUGCCUUGGAGCUGUAUGUGUGUAUAUGCGGGUGCGUGAGUAAAUGUGUGUGUGUGUAUUUAUUUCUUUAUUUAUUUAACUCUGGACUUAAAAUGUAGACCUGGACAUUCUAAAUCAGUAUUCCAUUGCAGGGUUGGUAUUUGCACAACACACACUCUCUGAUAAGAAGUUUGAGACCAUUUGAAUGUGUUGACGAUUUUACAAUCCUCAUGGUUAAUAUUGAUUGAAAAGUUUCUAACAUUUUGAAGAGACGACACAAAAUCAGAGCCUAAACUUUACUUAACGCACAAAUGAAUUGUUUUGCAAUGCCCCAACUCCAUUAAACUAUAAAAGCACCUACUAUAGAAUUUUAUUUUUAAUUUCACAACCAGUGCCACCGGUUUGUUCACAAUGUCAACAGCAGAGACUGUUGUUAGACUGUUUUUCCAACCGACCCAGGUUUGAUACAAGAGUCUGUUUUCACGAGAGUUUAGUAAGAUUUCUUAUGAAAUUGAUAUUAAUAUUUAAAUCUUCAUGGUAUUUAAAUACACAUACAGUAUGUGAGCUGUUCCGCAAAAAACAAAUGGUUAUCCUCUGGAAAAAAAUUGUGUAUUUUACACUGUUUGUAGUUUACAUUUAUGAAUAAACUCUCACCUCAGAGAGCUUCACCUCAAAGUUUACAUCCUUGAGUUCAGCUUUUAUAAGCAAGCUCAUAAUAAUGUUGAGAAAACAUACAAAAACCUCAAAUCUAAAUGCAAUGCCCCAAGUGGUUAAGAAGUAGCAUACAUUUUCCAUAAAUGAUAAAAUGAGGGCUAGGGGUAAAAAAAUGUAACUGCCUAGUCUAUUGUUUUUUUUUUCCAAAAUAAAUUUUUUCACAGUUUGGGAAAGCAUCUCAAAAGCACAAUAAGGACAACCGAAAUUCUAUUUAUCAAAAGUGUCUUGUUUUGGUGGAAUAGCUCACAUAUGAUCAGAGGUGGGCAGUAACGCAUUACAUGUACUUGGUUACAUUUACUUGAGUAACUUUUUGAGAAAGCUGUUCUUCUAAGACAAGUUUUACUAAGCCGUACUUUUUUUUUUUUUUUUUACUUCAAUCAUGUGGCGUCUUUAAAGCACCAUAAAAAAUUAAGUACAGUAUUUGACAUAAAGCGCUGCCCAUAACAUCGAUUUACCACAGAAAACUGGAGAUAUAUUCUUUUUACUUUCAUAAUAGGAACUAUGAAGGAACAACAGUGGUACUUCUAUAUACGAAGUUAAUUUGUCCAAGGACCUUGUUUGUAAGUCGAAAUGGUCGUAUGACCAGCAGGAUUUUCCCAUAAGAAUACAUUAAUAAAUACUGCUGAUACUAUUACAAAUGGCAAUUACACAUAGCAAAACAAAUUAUAGAUACAAAUCAUAAUAAUAAUAAUAAUAAUUCCAGUAAUAAUGUAAGGAAUCGGUUUCUAAUAUGGCGGAUGUGUUUUGCGUACUGUACCUGAAUGCAACGUGUGGCUGACGUCAUGGUGAGAUAGCUGCGUACGGUAGAGAUUUUAGUUUCACUUUUAAUGUCCUGUUGUUUUUGGUGUAAAUCUGAUGAAGUUGGCGACUUCCUUGCUGAUGCUACCACAAUAAUAAUUGUCACCUUAACUUAUAAAGACUGGCAAACAUAGGUCAGAGGAGGACCGUUGAGAUAGGACGCAUUCUACGGCCGUAUUGUCCAACCAGUUUAUGGACACGCACAUUUCCAUCUUCAUUUCAAUGGUAAGCGUCACCUUUUUUCACCAUCGCACUAACCUUCUUGAAGCCCAUGCUGAUUUCUCUCUCAUGAAACUUCGCCGUGCGUCCGUUUUGCGGGAAAACAAAGAAACUGCAGCGCUGUCAUAAAUCGUCGUAUUUUUCAUUGCUAAAUUAGUAAAAAAAAAAGGGGAAAAAAUUUGAUUAGUCGACUAAUCGUAAAAAUAGUCGGCUGACUAAUCGGGAGAAAAUUAGUCAUUUCGGACAUCCCUAGUUGUACAGUGUACUGGAACAUAUUUCCUCUACACCCUUCUCACCUUUUUAACCCCUGACCCACUUUCAUGCCUAGAGGUCGGAGGAGGACCAUUGCGAUCGUAGAUAUUCUACGGCCGUAUUAUCGAGCCAGUUCACCGACGCGGUCGCCACACCCAUAUUUUUCUAUCAUUUCCAUCUUAAUUUCAAUGGUAAGCCUCCCCUUUUUCCUUUUUUCACCACCUGCACAUUCUUGGAAGCCAUGGUUAUUCUCUCACAAGAAAAUUCUUGCGGGAAAACAAAGAAACUGCGACGCUGUCAUAAAUCGUCAUAUUUCGAGCUUGUCGCUGGAUGUAGAAACAAAUGGCCAGUAAAUUUUACGUCGGCUGUCGAAAAGAUCAUGUGUCAAAGCAAUCGUACGUUGAGGUACCACUGUAUUCACAUAUCAUCUAUUCUAACUAGGAACUAUUUUCUACACUAGAGGGCACUCAUGGCUUUUGGAAAAAUGAUGCUUCAUUUCUGUAUUUUUUUUUCUCUUGACGGAGUUCAACAUUUUUUUUUUUCAAUUACUUUUGCUUAGUGUGGUUAUUUUAUGUAAUGGGUGAUUGUGCAGUACAAUAAUAACAGUUCAUAUUGAUAACUUUGUGCUGAGAAAAAAAAAUUAACAUUGUUUAAAAAAAAAUUUGAACAUUGUAAGCAGUUACUCACAAUGUUACUCAUUACUUGAGUAUUCUUUUCACCGAAUACUUUUUUAAUUGUACUUGAGUACAUUUUUGGAUGAGUACUUUUACUUUCACUUGAGUAAUAUUAUUUUGAAGUAACACUACUCUUACUUGAGUAAAAUUUUUGGCUACUCUACCCACCUCUGCAUAUGAUUAAAUAAUUUCCAAGAGAAGAUUUGAUAUGACAGCAAAUUGCAAUGCUUUCUCGUUGUUCUCAAUGUUCUCAAUGCAAAAUUUCUGCCAUGUUUUUGGAUCGUGCUGCAGAACAGCUUGCCAAGACUUAGUUGGCACCUUUGUGUUCUAAAAUAUUGCAUCACUACAAUCAUUAUCAGAUCAAAAUAGUCGGGUUUGGACCUCAUGUACCAGAUCGCUUAAUACGAUUUCUUACUAAAUUUUCAAGAGAAUACAUUGAAUAUCACAACCUGAGCUAUAGGCUACAUCGUGAUGUAUGCGUGUGAAGAUGUACGAGUAUGUUUUUGUGAGUUGCGUUUUUGGGGGGGAGGGUUGUAAAAUGUGAGAUGAGUCCAAGUGAGCCAUUUUGUAACAGUGACUCAGCAAUUACUAUUUCCUGUGCAUGUCCAUGUCUAUCUUUGUACACUCUCCGAAACCACAGGUUUAGCCAACACAAGCUCUCUGACUGGCUCAUGAACAUUUGUAAAGAUAUAUAUAAAUAUUUAAAUUACUUUUCUUGUAGGAUUUCGAUAAUAUAUGUGUAAAACCCCUACAUUAAAAAAAAAAAAAUCUGGUGUUCAAUAAA